AUCGCCAACACUUUGCCACAUCAUCACCACUGGGAACUUCAACACACCGCAACUCUUUCUCACUGCACGUUUACAUUGGCCAUUUAGUUGUCUUUCUCCUCUCUCUUCUUCAGUCCGGCUUCAAUAAAUAUCAGCAUCGGUUAACUGUUCUUUUGAGAAAAGUUUUGAAAAUCUUUGGAAAUGGCGACCAAGACAAAGCAAUUCACUCGAGAGGAGGAACUUCUCCUUCAAGACUUCUCCCGCAAUGUUUCCACAAAAUCCAACGCCUUGUUUUAUGGAAAUGCCUUCAUCGUGUCUGCAAUUCCCAUAUGGUUGUUCUGGAGGAUUCACCUGAUGGACAUCAUCUCCUCAUCUCCAAUCUUCCUCCUCGUCACUCUAGGAUCCACAUGGCUAAUGGCCUUUGCCUAUAGGAACACCAAAUUCUCCCUCAAGCAUAAGGUCGCCGUGAAGAGGGAAGAAGCCGUGACUUUGGAAAUGAACAAAAAGUUGGCUGAUGACAAGAAAAUGUCUAAAAAGGAAAAGGACGAGCGCAUCUUGUGGAAAAAGAAUGAGGUUGCUGAUUUCGAGGCAACCACUUUCUCCAUCUUUUACAACAAUGCUCUCUUCUUGGCGAUCAUUAUCCUGGCCAGCUUUUACGUUCUCCGGUCCUUCUCCCCAACUGUGAACUACAUUUUGUCUGUCAGUUCUGCUGGGGGCUUAUUGGCGUUGUUGUCCACUGGAACACAAUAACUGAAUCAUAUAUGUAGGUGCUCAUCAAAAGGCCACGAAAUUCUUCAAUAGGAUCAAAUUAUAUGCAUACUUUUGUUACACUUACCACAACAAAAGAAAUUAUUAUGUCUAAUUAAUUGGAUUUAGAUGGUCAGCUAAAUGACCACAAAUUGAAUUUGGGUUUAAAUUACAAUUCAUUAAAAUAUUUCGUGGUUUAUUGUCUUGUUUCUCGCGUGUGUUAAAAAUGAUAUUUAUAUACUUAUCAAUGUGCUAUGUACUACUAUUUAACAUUAGUAUCUUGUUGCAUGUAUGAUUCAUAAAAGUUUUAUUGAGAUAUAUUGUCUUAAAUAAAUAAUAAAAAUAGUUCCACACUAGA